AUCUGUGCGUCAUACGCCACAGGAGUGACGAGGACAGACGACGGUCGUUGUUCACUGAGAACAAACAGCUAAGCGAGCUGCCUGAGCGAAAUCACAAAGGGAGUCCCAACCGAUCAGUCUCCGAACUCUGGGCCAAUCGACCUGCCUUACAACAUGGCAACAGCUUAUGUUGCUACGACCCCAACGCGGGGUGGCUCACCAGCUUCAAUCACCACUCCACCAACUCCAAGACUCGGCGGCUUUGGCGACCACUGGGAACCUUACUCUCCUGCACCUCGCAAAUCAGCUCGUCUUUCCUCGCAACAUACCACUGCCAACACCACCUCCACCUCCACCACUCACACCCGCACACCGUCCCCUCACUCCUCAGGUCGCACGUCGCGGCCCUCUCACAAUCACCACACCUCGUCGGCAGCACCCACUACAUCCAAAUCUGCAGAGCGUCAAUCCGACAGCAUGAGCUCCCCACCUCCAACCUCCCCCCAGAAGAGACGCCAGGCCCCCUCGGCCUCGCGCAGUGUCUCAGGCUCCCUGACUGCAGAUAGCAUCCGCAAUGCUGCUGCCGUCCUUGGCCAUCCCUCCAAGAUGGAAGCCCAACUCUCACGCGCCGCGAUCGCCCUCCCCACCCCCGCCAAGACCCCCGCCAAUAGGCACUCCAAACAGAGCGAGAAGGACGUCACCGCCGUCGCGCGCAACCUCUUCAGCAAGCAGCAGCAGCAGCAGCAGCAGCAGCAGGAAGAGGAGCAGCAGGAGCGGCAGCAGUUGAGUCCUAAGAAGUCGCGCGCCAACCGCACCAACAACAUAUCGCUGGACAGCUUCGAGAUCCACGACGAUGGCGCCUCCAUCGAGAUCUUCACUGACUCUGAGAACCGUCUGCCUGAGGUCGAUGACAGCACUGACAAUCCCUUCUAUGGCGAGGCUGGCAUUACCGCCUCGACGGUUGCCGUUCGUCGUAGCUCCCGCAACAAAAAGAAUGCUGCCGUUGAGAAGGAGAUUGUUGAGGAGAAUCUGAAACGCGAAGACGGCAUGCUCUAUGUCUUCCGUGGCAAGAGGGUCUUUAGAAGAUUCACCGAAGGCGAGGCAUCCUCUCGACCGGCUGUGAAGCCCCGUCUGCUCUUCCCUUCUACCAAGGCCAGCAAGGAGAACGAGCUCAUCCCCGAGGAGGAGGCCGAGACAGACAUCGACGAGGAGCAGCAGAAGCCGCAGCACGUCAGCACCUCGGAGCCUGAGACUGUCGAGACGCCUGUCGAGACCACUGAGAACAAGGUCAACACCCCCAAGGCGCCGAAGUUCGCACCUGCUUCUCCCCCUGCCACCUCCCGUGCUACGCGGUCCAAGAAGAUCAUCGCCGACGAGCCUACCCCAAUCAAAGGCAAGGGGAAGCGGGCUGGUGGCCGAAGCCCCUUCGACGGCUGGCAGAGGACCAAGAACAGCCCGAUCACUUCCUCCUCCCACGGCCAGAAACGCGCUGGUGGGCCUCUCGGCAACGAUGCUGCAGCCAAGCGGGCCAAGGCCUAGGUGGAAGGAAGAUGGCUGUGAGAGGUUGCUUGUGUCUUGUUGGGGCUGUCAUGUCAUGGUUUUGUUUGCUUCACACGAGGGACAGAACCUAUGAGGUGUCGAGGCCCUACUUCCAGGGACGUCCAACAAGUGAAAGAGGAUAGCGGCCAGCAUGUUGGCGCGGUACAUUGGGAAAGAAGGGAUAUGAUGAUUUGGCCUAGUGUGGGGACCUCUGGUUCACAUCAUCGCAUCGAGCCUAUUGGUGUUCUUGUUGGUUUUUGUUUUAUGUCCUCGAAGCAUUGCGCAUUGCGUACGACUCCAAGUGCUACGGUAUGGGAGACAUCAAGUAUGACUUUUAAAGGUUUGCGUGACAGGAUUCGACGGCUCGAUAUCCAAAGGGAAAAGGGCAUGGCGUCCCGGUGUCGAUUUUCUCAUGCCAGCAGACAGUAUGUCAGAAUUAGUAUGAAUUGUCAGAUAGAUAAUCUCAAAACAAGGUCAG